AUGGCGUCGCCCAUCCAUAAUAUCCUCUUCUCACCGCCUCCCUCGCCCCCCAGCGAGAUCGAGACGGGUGACUAUUCUCACUUCAAUACCAUCAUGACCAGCCUCGGUCCUCGAUCCAAGUCGCCCCUUUCCCGGCAACACCAUGAUGUCGACAUCGAGGCGGGUGAGCGCGUGUCCAAGAGUUUCACCCAGCGCAACCCCAUUCUUGCAAAGAUGCGCCUCGUUGUCCAGCGCUUCACACCCAACCUCCCCGCCCCCAUACUUCGGCUCUUCGCCUUUGUCGCCUUCCUCUUCAUCUUCGCGUCCUUUGUAACCAGUGUCAUUCUCCCCGCCCUCUCUCCACUCCCCCAAACCCGCGGCCCAAGCCCAAUCGCCAAGAAGCCUCAGUGGACACCAAAGGCCUAUGUUCCUCCGCAGGAGGAUGCGCACCCAAUCGCUGCUCCAAACCCUCGGGCAUUCCGGCCUGAUCCUCAUCCUCUUCCGUCCACGCACGAACUACUGGCAUUGCAAACCUUUAUCCUCGAGUCACCGGCCAACAACCUGCGUGACGUGGAUGCCACUCAGCCGCUCGACGCCGCCCAUCUGCUCGGUACUCAUGCUGCCCGCCGCCUCGGUAAUUCUGGAAGUUCCCGCGAAAAGAAGUGGCUCAAGGAACUCAGCGAUCAGCACUCGCACACAGUGGUGCUGUGGUACAGCUCCAUCUCGACACCCCACUCUGUGCUUGAAGGUAUCUCGGCUCGGCACGGCGAGGGACGCCGCCCGACGCUCAUCUCGACCAUCCAGCGUAAGGACGGGGAGACGAUCGAGGGUAUCUUGUCGCGCCUUGGACACGAUCUGUCCGCAGCGCCCGUGCUCGUUCUUGGCGGGGAGGUGUUUGACGCGACAGAGGAGGGUAUGAAGGUGAUGCGGGAGAGCGGAGACCUUGCCGAGCGUCUGGCGCAGAUCGGCUGGACCAGCUAG